GCCGAAAUGGCGUCAGUUUGUUUAGGAGUUCUUUAGUUUGUCAGACGAUAUCUGUUCGGAUAUAUCUUGAUUGAAUGAUCGUGUCUUGCAGAUUUGUUGACUGUAUCGGUUAAUGUGAACAAAGUGAAAAGUUAGGAUGUCAUCUUGCCAGUGUAUGCAGUUUGAAUAUCUCCCUCGGAAGAUGAGAAAAACUGUGAGGGAAACUUAAAUAACUCUAUGGAUUAAAGGAGAAAUGGAAGAUGCAUACAGAUGCCCUUGUGUUUACGGUGGAAAUCACAGUCCUGCUGCUCGGAAUCAUGGGAGACAUCGCCAUGGCAACGUGUCCAGCUGAAUGCCAGUGCAACCAAGAGUUCUACGUGUACUGCCAGAAUGCGAACGUCGGCGAUUCCAGCCUCGGGAAGAUCGUCGGAAAGAUUUCACGUGACGUAGUUCUUCUAGAUCUGAGCGGCAAUGCCUUGAAGACCGUGCCCAGCCGCGCGUUCUCUCGCCUGUCCAGACUGAGAGUCCUAGACUUGCAGGCUAACAAAAUCAACACAAUUUCGAGUUCUGCGUUCGGCGGUCUGGCGAAUCUCGUGACGUUGAGGCUGAAUAACAACAGCCUGCACUCGACGUCGCAGUCACAGUGGAUUGGACUGCGAUCGCUGGAAUCUCUGUAUCUGAGUUCUAAUUAUAUCGAUAUCAUCGAACCUCAGACGUUUCUUCAUCUGGCUAACCUAACAAAACUCUAUCUGGAUCGAAACCACAUUGGUGUCGGUGUUAACGGAACCUUUCUUGGUCUACAUUCGCUGAAGCUGUUGGAUAUUUCGCGAAACGUGAUUCACAAAAUCGACAGUGGAUGUUUCUCGGACCUGCGUGAGCUGAGACGACUGCAGGCGUCGUACAAUGAGUUAACGAGCUUCGAUGGUGCUAUCUUCAAUGGUCUUGUGAGGCUGAAUUAUCUCCACUUGGAUUACAACAGACUGACAGACAUUUCUAACGUGUCCUGGAGCAGGCUGCAGGAUCGUUUAAAGACUUUGACCGUUUCUCAUAACCGGCUUACGUCCUUACACCUCGAUCAUUUCUACGGUUUUCGUAAUUUGAAAAAACUGAGAUUAGGUCACAACAGAAUCUCAGUAUUCCCCGCCAGUGCUUUGAGCGGGCUGUUCUUGGAUGAGUUGUCUCUGACUUCAAACGAAAUCUCGCACGUCAACCGUGACAUGUUCAGCCAGGUGAAGCGGAUCGUCAAGCUGGAUCUCAGUGCUAACCGGAUAUCCUCGAUGGGUACCGGUUGUUUCGACAAUUUCAAGGACUCUGUGUACGUUGUAAAUUUAAAUGACAACCAACUCGAGAAGUUGAAUCCGGGGAUGUUCAGGGGUAUGACCGUUCUCAAGAUUUUACUCAUCGCUAAUAACUCCAUUCGGACAAUCGACAAGGGAUCAUUACGCGACCUCCUACAAUUGGAGGAGUUGUCAUUGGUGCAUAACAAACUCGUCACCGUGAAUACGGACAUGCUCAGUGGCUCCUUGCCAAACCGACUGUAUCUCAACUGCAAUCCGCUGCAGAAUUUUGUCGGUUUCACGUUCAGUGCGCUGCAAGAUCCCAUUCAAGUAUUUAUGAAUUUGACUGUGACAUCGGAAACGACUGAUAGAGUGAUUGUGCGGUGGCCGUACAAAGGUGGAUCACAAGUGUACUGGACAUUAAGCGUGACCUGCGUUAGAGGAGAAACCUGUCGUACGGAUCGCAGAAAGGACAUGUAUUUACCUCCAUACAAACAAGAGUGCUUGGUGACGCGGUUGUCUCCCCAGUCAGUGUAUUACAUCUGUGUCCGUCCAGUGUUCGUGGAGGAGGUAUCUCGGGUGGUGCGUUUGGAGCAGUGUGUUCACGUGUAUACAGCGGGCAGAGGAGAAACCAGUCAGAGGCCCAUAUCGGUGACAAGUCUUUCAACAUCAGGGGAACAGUCUACAUGUAUACCAAGUUUCGUGUUGGUAGUGUUGGUCGUAUUGCACACCCUGUCUGUGGUAUAAAUGUCAUAUUCUGCCUGUGUUACACUGUUAACCUGAGAUGAAAAAUCAUCUAAUAAUUUCAAGGACUGAUGUCCAGAACUGGGUACAUGUACAUGUAUACGUGUCCAAAAUCAUGGCUUUUAAGAUUAACAAGUGUAAAUGUUGAAAAACCUAUAAAAAAUCCUAGAAAAGAAAGCAAUUUUAUUUAUUUAUUUAUUUAAUACAAUUACUCCCUCAAAAUUAACUAAAUUUAAAAAAAAGAGCAAUAUUGUUAAAUAGUAGACUAUCAUCAUUUUUGUAACAAAUUAAAGUUUAAAGUUUUGUUUUGUUUAACAACACCACUAGAGCACAUUGAUUUAUUAAUCAUCAGCUAUUGGACGUCAAACAUUUGGUAAUUCUGACAUAUAGCCUUAAUGAGAAAAACCAGUACAUUUUUGCAUUAGUAGCAAUAGAUCUUUUAUGUGCACCAUCCCACAGACAGGAUAGCACAUACCAUGGCCUUUGAUGUGGUGUACUGGCUGGAAUGAGAAAUAUUGUAACAAGUGUUGUAACACAUUAACUGAAAAAUGUAGCAGGUUUCCACUAAGACUAUAUGUAUGUGUCAAAAUUACCAAAUGUUUGACAUCCAGUAGCCAAUGAUUAACAAACUUGUAUAUGUAAGCAGUUCCAGUUAUUUAUACCCCAAUAUUGGUGACAUCUUUCUACAUAGGGAAUGGAAUGUGUCAGUCUCUUUUUAGUUUUGUGAUGUUGUGUUGCACACCCAGUCUGGUAUAGAUGUGUUCGAACUUAUGUGUGUAAUUGUGUACAUGUGUUGUAUAGGUGUCCAGGGUUUCUGCCAGAGGGUAAAAUGGGUAUGGCGCCAUGCCCAGAUUUUUUUGCAUUUGUUUUUUUAAAAAGUUAACCUUUUAACAAAAUUAAUUACUCUUAUCAUUAAUGUAUGAUUUG